CCACCCCUAUGUAAUUCUUCCUCAGCAAUCUUUCCUUAAUACACACUACACCACUAACAGCCUACCAGAAAUCCUAGCCAGUUGUUAAACUUACAGAGUUAGCCCACUGCUUUCUAGAUAUUUUGGACUAGAAAUCAGUAUGGCCAAAGGUCACUGAUGGUGUAAGUUGUAGGGCAACAGGAUCUGCAAGACUCGAACAGAGACAGUCCAGUUGUCUUAGCAAUGACACCGCCAAUUAAAAAUCAGUGCACACGAUUUUAUUACCUAGAUAAAUGUUCAUUCAUUGACUCAAAAUCUGGUUUACUCCACUCUAUUUUAGCUUCAAGAUCUCUCACCUUUGUUCCUCACAGACUAGUUGAAGAAGGUUAUGACAGGUGAAAACAAUACAAUGGUUACAGAGUUUGUUUUGGUGGGACUUUCGAAUCACCCAAGAGCUCAGAUGGUCCUCUUCUGGCUGCUUCUGAUAGCCUAUUGUAUUACUCUCUUUGGCAAUGGCCUUAUGGUUCUGGUAAUUAUUGCUGACUCACACCUCCACAACCCUAUGUACCUCUUCCUCAGCAAUCUCUCUUUGAUAGACAUCUUCUUCACCACAAACAGCAUACCACCAACCCUAACCAACUGUUUCAUUGCUAGAGCUACCAUUCCUGUUACAAAUUGUUUGACCCAAAUGUACUGUGGACUCUUCCUUGGGAUGACCGAGUGCUUUCUUCUGGCUGUCAUGGCAUAUGACCGUUUUGCUGCUGUGUGUCAUCCCCUUCAUUACACCUUAAUCAUGAACAGUAGGCUCUGUAUCAGUUUAGUAGCCUCAUCCUGGAUUAUUGCUUUUCUGCUGGCUGUGGUCCCUGUAUUUUUCAUACCAGUAAGCUUUUGUGGCCCUAAUAUCAUCAAUCAUUUUUCUUGUGAAGCCCAGGCAGUCCUUAAAUUGGGCUGUUCCAAUGCCCGCAUCAAUGAGAUCUUCUCAAUUGCUCGGGCUAUUCCAGUUCUUGUUGUUCCUUUUCUCUUCAUCAUGGUGACUUACAUUCGCAUUGGCCUGGCAGUGCUAAGGAUCCGAUCGGCAGAAGGUCGAAGCAAAGCGUUCUCCACCUGUGGCUCCCACCUGAUUGUGGUCAGUAUAUUCUAUGGCACAGCCAUGUCUACGUAUCUUCAGCCACAUGGCAGAUCCUCCUCUGAUCGGGACAAGCUGAUCUCCCUAUUCUAUGGGGUGGUGACUCCUAUGCUCAAUCCCAUGAUCUACAGUUUGAGAAACAAGGAAGUAAAGAGAGCUGUGUGCAGAGUGAUCAAGAAGAAACUGCCAAAAUGAAAUUAGUCAUAUUGUGAGAAAAUUUGUCCUUUACAACUUCUCUGUCGUUCUCUAAUGGUAGGAAAUCAGCUGGUUGUGUUAAUCUGGUUAUUGGAAAGAUCA